GAGCCGGGCUGCGGCGCAGGGCAGGCAGCGGCUGCGAGUUCCCCUGCGCCCGGGGGCGGCUGCUCCUCGCUUCCCGUCCUUCGGGUUUGGUUUUUGCCAAGAGCUAAUGUAAAGAUCCGAAGAGCUCAUCUGGGCUUUCCCCCCUGGCCUGACAUGCUGCCUUUUGGAGAUAAGACGAGAGAAAUGGUUAAUGCAUGGUUUGCUGAGAGAGUUCAUACCAUCCCCGUCUGCAAGGAGGGAACCAAGUCUCAGAGUGAAUCCUGUGCUUGUCACCAGCCUGCCUGUGCUGAGACUACCAACUCUGGGACGCCAGCGAGGAAAAUCUCUGCUUCUGAAUUUGACAGACCCUUACGGCCUAUUUUUGUCAAGGACUCAGUAGGAGCAGUGACCUUCCUCUCUGGCUCUGAAAAGAAGGAACAGAUGCCUCUGCAAUCUCCAAGGAUUGGGACCAGUGCAGGGGAUCAGUGCUCAAGGCUCUUAGAACUUGUGAAAGAUAUUUCUAGUCACUUGGAUGUCACAGCACUUUGCCAUAAAAUUUUCCUACAUAUCCAUGAGCUUAUAGCAGCUGAUCGCUAUUCCCUGUUCUUGGUCUGCGAGGAUAGCUCUAACGAGAAGUUUCUUGUAAGCAGACUGUUUGAUGUGGCUGAAGGCUCCACCCUAGAAGAAGCUUCAAACAGCUGCAUUCGCCUUGAGUGGAACAAGGGCAUCGUGGGCCAUGUGGCUGCUAUUGGCCAGCCUCUGAACAUCAAAAAUGCAUAUGAGGAUCCACGAUUCAAUGCAGAAGUCGACCAGAUCACGGGGUAUAAGACUCAGAGUAUUCUUUGUAUGCCAAUAAAGAAUCAUAGGGAAGAGGUUGUUGGUGUGGCUCAAGCAAUCAAUAAGAAAUCGGGAACUGGUGGGACUUUCACUGAACAAGACGAAAAGGAUUUUGCUGCGUAUUUGGCAUUUUGUGGAAUUGUUCUUCAUAAUGCUCAAUUGUAUGAAACAUCUUUGCUUGAAAACAGGCGUAAUCAGGUGCUUCUUGAUCUUGCCAGCCUGAUUUUUGAAGAGCAACAGUCUUUGGAAGUAAUUCUGAAGAAGAUAGCUGCCACUAUAAUAUCUUUCAUGCAGGUGCAGAGGUGUACCAUCUUCAUAGUGGAUGAAGAUUGCACUGAUUCAUUUUCUAGUGUGUUUCACAUGGAAUCUGAAGAAUUAGAGGAUUCAGCUGAAAACCUGAAGAGGGACUGUGAUACAAACAAAAUCAAUUAUAUGUACGCUCAGUAUGUCAAGAAUACUAUGGAGCCUCUCAACAUCCCAGAUGUCUGCAAAGAUAGAAGAUUUCCCUGGACAAAUGACAAUGCAGAAAAUGUAAAUCAACACAUAAAGAGUUUGCUGUGUACACCAAUAAAAAAUGGGAAAAAGAAUAAGGUGAUAGGGGUUUGCCAGCUUGUGAAUAAGAUGGAAGAAAACUCAGGCAAAAUCAAGGCUUUCAACAGAAAUGACGAAGAGUUCCUGGAAGCUUUUGUCAUCUUUUGUGGCUUGGGGAUCCAGAAUACACAGAUGUAUGAAGCUGUAGAAAGAGCAAUGGCCAAACAGAUGGUGACAUUAGAGGUUCUCUCAUACCAUGCUUCUGCUGCAGAGGAGGAAACGAGGGAGCUGCAGGUAACAGCGGCUGCUGUAGUACCAUCUGCACAGUCUCUCAACCUAACUGACUUCAACUUCAGCGAUUUUGAGCUAUCGGAUUUUGAAACAACACUGUGUACAAUUCGAAUGUUCACAGACCUCAAUCUGGUGCAGAAUUUCCAAAUGAAACAUGAGGUUCUCUGCAGAUGGAUUUUAAGCGUGAAGAAAAAUUAUCGGAAAAAUGUUGCUUAUCACAAUUGGAGACAUGCCUUUAAUACAGCACAGUGCAUGUUUGCAGCUUUAAAAUCUGGUAAAAUUCAGAGCAAACUGACUGACUUAGAAACACUGGCUUUACUGAUAGCAGCUCUAAGCCAUGAUUUGGAUCACAGAGGAGUGAACAACUCUUACAUACAAAGAAGUGAACAUCCACUGGCUCAACUCUAUUGCCACUCUAUCAUGGAGCAUCACCAUUUCGAUCAAUGCCUGAUGAUCCUGAAUAGUCCAGGAAAUCAGAUUCUCAGCAGCCUUUCCAUCGAGGAAUACAAGGCCACACUGAAAAUGAUAAAACAAGCCAUUCUAGCCACAGACCUAGCACUAUACAUAAAGAGGAGAGGAGAAUUUUUUGAACUUCUAAGGAAGAAGCAAUUUAAUUGGGAAGAUCCUAUGCAGAAGGAGCUAUUUUUAGCAAUGCUGAUGACUGCUUGUGAUUUAUCAGCCAUAACCAAACCAUGGCCAGUUCAGCAACGGAUUGCUGAGCUUGUAGCUACUGAGUUCUUUGAUCAGGGUGAUAAAGAGCGGAAGGAACUCAACAUAGAACCAACAGAUUUAAUGAACAGAGAGAAGAAAAACAAAAUUCCAAGCAUGCAGGUUGGAUUCAUUGACGCUGUUUGUUUGCAGCUGUAUGAGGCCCUAACGCAUGUAUCAGAGGCCUGCUACCCUUUACUGGAUGGCUGUAGGAAAAAUAGGCAGAAAUGGCAAUCCUUAGCUGAACAACAAGAGAAGAAUCUGAUUAAUGGAGAAAGCAAUCAAGCCAAACGGAACUGAGAUGCCGAUUUAAAAACCACAAGCUUAAGUUCACAUAGAAGACAUAGUAAUAGGGGAGUACUGCGUUUUACUAAACACUGUAUGGAUUUGGAUUAUGUUUUGCCACUGCUGUAUUAUUUUUCCACAUUUCAAGAUAUAGCAUGACCAUGUAUAUGUCAAGGUUAUAUAAAGAUCAUAUAUUUCUUUUAUUACAUCUGAGUGAGAUCAAAAAAGAUCUGCAAAGUUAGCUUAUGCUACCCUAUUCCACAAGAAGGUACGAGUGCAGUUACUCGACUGUCUCUGAGAGCCUAUUACUUUAUAGAUGUAUAUAGUUGUUCAGUGAUCAUGUUGUGGCCAGUAUCUUAAAGACUACUGCAUUUCGCACCUUUUUUCUUCUUCCAGUUUUGCUGUGUUAGGUUGUAAAAGAAAUGAGUGGUCUUGCCUCCUCUCGUCCCAGAGGCUGUGAAGAAAGAUUGGGACUAACUCUGGGGAGUUUAAUCCAGCAUAUACUAUGCUGACUUCUUUCAGGAGACAGAACUGGGCUUUGAAGUGAAAUAGCCCCAGAAUUUGUGUACCCAGUAGUUUUUUCAUAUGUUAAGAAUGUCUUAGCAAAUGUCUUGCAUUUGGAUCAAUAUUUUAAAACCCUGUGAAUUACUAGGCAAUGGAGGACUUAGGGGUUAUGUGGUAUAAGUGUCAUAAUUAUCCAUGGAUAAUGGAAAUUGCUUGUUGAUUAAAUACAACAUAACUGACAGGCUGCCUUGGAAGACUGAUUCCUAUAGAAGCCUGCAGGAAGCAAAAAGAGAAAUGCAAACUAAACAAGAUCAUUUUUAUAUGGUUUUAACUUCAUUUUGAAGUUGAAUUUAACAUCAUCAUAACCAGCAAACUAAAUCACAGGCAGGAAAAGUGGAAGAGAAUGUGACUGCAAGAGAUGAAAUCCGAAUCAGAAUGAUGCAGGAAUGGCAUACUUCCAGUGACCAUCAAGGACCAGUGCUAUUAUGAAAUGGCUAUGACCACUUUGAAGAAAAUUUUAUGUUAAUAUCUUUUAAAAAUCAUUUUUAGCAGCACUAGUUAAUGUUAAAAAUGAUCCACCAUGUCUUAAAGGGAUAUGAAAAAAGAAUACUGAAAGCAAAUAUAGACUAGAAUGCUACAGGGAUUUACCAAAAGUAAGAAUUAAUUAACUUGCACUAGGAGAAGAAGGCAUUGAUAUUUAUUCAAAUGAAGAUGAAUCAUAAAAAUUGUUUUGAACUGAUCAUUGGGAACCAAUUCAAGAAAAUAUGCACGUAAGACAAUCCUAAAAGAGUAGUACAAAGAGAGUACAAUGCUUUGGUUGGGCAGGAUUAAGAGACUAAUGUCAGCAAUCUAAGAUUGGUUAGUGGUAAGUAUAACUUCAGCUACACAGAGACAGAAAAUGUUGAUUUAUUUAUUUUUUUAUCUGUAGUAAGGACUCUAGUUAAAAUCAAAAAAAAAAGUAUAAUGUAAAGGUCAUACACUUAGUAUCAUACUUGAAGGACAGGAGUUAUUUUGUAUCACAGUAAUCCAGAAAAUUCUUGUUGGAAACUGCAAUAAAUUUGUCUUCCCAGGGGACUAUCAAUCUCACCUCUAGUAGCUGGUUAGAAAGACACCGAAAACCUCUUUUUAUGCAUUUAAAUAAGCAAUACCAGCAGCUAACAAAAAAUGAAGCAAGUGCUUCAAAAUGUUCCACAAAAAAUGUUCCAUUUUUAAAAAAUGUAGAAUAAUGUAUUCUUACAUUUUGCAGCAUUUCUGCCAACCUGUAUUAUUUGCCACUGAUUAAAUCCAAUCUCAAAUUUCUCUAAUGACUACCAAUAACAUAUUAUUGCAGCUGUAUUUGAAAACUUUUUUUUCUAUAAAAGUAUUUCUCCUACGGGGUUUUUGUUUUCUUUUUUUUGGAUUUUCCAAGAAAGUAUGGAAUUCAACAGUAAUUAAGAAUUCUAGAGCUAUUGUUAUGCUGAGUUCCAUACGUGUAUUUAUAUGCAUACACAGUACAAUAUAUGUAUGUAAUAGGUCAUAGACAUGCAGAAAAAUUACAGCACACUGCCCCCUCAGUCUCCCACCUCAAAAGAAAUAUAAUGUUUUUAGGUACUUUUUGAUAAAUAGGAAUCUUGCUUCAGGAUUUGCAUAGUCCUUGUAUAUUCUUUUCCUUGAAUGUUUGAGAUGCUGAACUAUAAUUAUUAUGUCAACUGAGGAAAUAUGUAUUUAAUAUAAAUAUGAACAAAGUAUAUGUAUAUAAAGAUGUAUUCUUGCUGGUAUGGUUGAGACUAGUAAUUCAUGGUGACAACACAGUAAAUCAACUACGGUAGUAUUACAGUGUAGUGAUGUAUCAUUUACAUUAAGGUUCCAGUAUUAUAUUUCUUUGCUAUAUUGUGUGUUCAACAAAGCUUUAUUAUGAUAUAUACUUGUAACUAUUACAAAAGAAUGCUGGAUUCUUACCUUUGACUUGAAAAAAAUGCACAAGUUGCAUUUUUCAAAGGUUCACUAAAAACGAACACAGUUAUACAGUAUGUGCAUAUAUUUAAUUACAUAUUUGUACACACUUAUCCCACAAUCUCUUCCACUACAAAGAUUGGAACAUUCAUAGAAAUAUAGUUCCUAGUAAAUAAAUCAUUUAAAUGUCACAAUAUACCUGUAUCUGUAUAUAUUUCUACAAAAACAAACCCUUUAACUACUGGUUAUAGAAUCUUAAGAGCAUAGUGUGCUGUACUUUGUGAAAAUUCAAAUAAUCAAAUUGCAUAUGUAGUGUGUUUCACUCUGCCUGAAGGCAAAGUCAAAGGGUGCUGGUUUUGUCUCAUAGCUUUGUGUGGACUGUUUGCAGGAAGUUUUAUUUUAUUUCAUAGUGUAGAUAGGUGACAAUAUGAAAAAAAAGCCAGGCUGUUUUUUGACUGAAAUUCAUUGCCUUCAGAAUUUAAAUCCAGCCAUGCCGCUAUCAUAAAUUUCAUCAUGAAUUGUGUAUCUGAUUAUUUUAGUCGACUUUCAACCGUACUCCGCCCUAACUUACAUUGUUUAGCUAAAGAAAUCAAGCGGAAGAUACAAGCAGAAAUGGAGUUCAGCACUUUGUCAGUUCAGUCUUAUGUCUGCUAAAGCUGUUGUGAACUUUGUUAUUUAAGUCUUCAGGUACAGAAUUUGUCCCACUAAUUUUUAAUCCUAGUCUCAAUUAAGACAAGUUAUGAUCCCACUUGUUCUCAGACAUGCACAUAUAUUCUUUUGAAGUCACUCCGCAGUGCAGGUUAAUGCUUAAAAUACACUUUUUUUGUCCCCCUUCUGAAAAAAAAAUAACUUGUCAUAUGUAUUAACAUAUACAAAAUUGAUUAACCCUAGAUCUUCUAAUUAAAAAUAACAGUGAGGCUCUUAAGCUGCAGGUAGUACUUCUUUUCCCAGCAGGUUAGCCACACAUCCAGUAUUACCUGUGGAAUAUAUAGGUUUCCUAUUAUCCACAAACGUGUUUUUUUUUUUUUUUAAAAAAGAGACAAAAAACAAUGUAAAUUUGAUUUUGGAGAUGGAGUUGAUUUUCAAGCAGUAGCAGUUUAAAUUCAAGAGCAGAUCACUCUCAGAUCUGCGCAGAAUGCAAAUGCAAGUGGGCUAGUGAUAAAAUUGAAUAAUCUCUUCCAUUGAUAACCAGCUGAUCUCUCUUUAGAAGAGAGGGCUGAAGCCUGAUUUUAUGCAUCACUUUCUGCCAACUGGGUGCAUGUAAAGGUAAGUUUUUGAACUCCAACACAAUGCAUUUUAUCUGGUAGUGGCAUGAACUACCAGUUUCAGAGCAGUCUUAUUCUUGCAUAAGAUUUUUCAGAAUUACUGAGUAACUGACUGUGCAACUUAUUAUACAGAAAGAUUAUGACAAGUCAGAUCUACCCCUUAAAAUUAGGGGAUGUUCCCAGAGUGAAUUGGUUGGUGUCCCUCACAGUUAAGCAUGAGAAAAUAGCAGUGAGUGUUGAUGAAAAAAAUGCCUCACUCAUAGUUAAUUCUUACACUUUUAAAGGUUUUACAGAGACCUAAGCUUUCAGGUAAAUUUUUACAUUAGCUUUAGUUAAGAGUCUUGUCUCUGCAAUGCUGUAGGUUGAUCUUCACGACAAAUCACACGCACUUUACAUUCCACAAGGUUUCAGCUUUAUUUCACACUCCCCUGCUCAGCAUCUUCAGGGACUUGCACUAAUUUGAGAGAGAAGCUUGAACAUUGGAGCUUGACUAAAAAUCCGACUUUGGCCUGAGUAUGAGAAAUAACGAGGGCUGGACUUUUUGGGUUGGACUUUCACAGGAAGAAGAAACAUCACAGAGUCCAGCCUGGUAAUUGGUGGUGACACUUGCUAAAUACAGCAAAUUGUGACUUCAAGAUCCUUUAUCUUUGUCAUUGCUAGAUGAAUGGAAAUUGCAUAGGAAAGUUUAUUUUCCACAUAAAGUUUGUUUCCAUAGAGAAACUCAUAUCUAAGUACCACUGUUUGUAAAUGUAUAUUUAUGUGACAAUGCUAUAUAAUAGCUAGUUUCCACUAACUUUCACAGCAUGAGUUUAUCAUGCCGGGGCCUAAGGUAUGCUCAAGUGUCCGUUUAAAGUCAAUUAUGUAAUUUCAGUUUACCUCAGUGGGAGUUGGCUUGAGCUCAGUGGGAGACUGGAUAGAAGGUGAAGGAAUGGGUCAAAUCCACCUUUUCUACCCAUAAAGAGGAACCAAACUCUUACCCUUGGUAACACCUGCCUCACCUGCUCUUUAUUGCAUUCAGCUAUUGCUGCUGAUGCCUGAGGUACCUUACAGAUGUAACCAAAGUUAGAAUUUGAGCCCUCUGUGUAUUCACGUGGCAGACACAUGCAUGUGUCUCUUGAAGAAUGUAGCGUGAAAUGCAUUGUAAAUAGUUUUAAUAUACAUUUCUAUUAUAGUUUAAUAAAAAUCUUAAUCACAGUCACUAGCCGCUGAGUUUGUCCACUUGUAUUCUUUUAUCUUAAAAAUAUUUGAACAAAUAUAUAGUUUCUGGGCACAGUAUUUUUGUACUAGGUUAACUGGGUUACUCUGUAUAUAAUGUUCUGCCUUUAAGUAGUCUUCUGAAUGUUAUGUGUUCUCGCUUGCUUCUGUCCUGUGACUACUUAGUAAAACUAGUUACAUUACUUAAGAGAACUAUUAGUCCUACUUAAUUGUACAGCUGAUAGCGAAUAUGAGAGUCACGUUAUUUUUGAUGGUCAAACUGCUGCUUAAUUGCUUCCUCAUUCUUCUCUUUGUACUGUUCUCAUGCUUUUUAAAAUAAAAAGGACAAUGUC